UUCAAAUUCACAUUAAUGGAUGAUGCUUACGAGCGUUAUAUGGCAUUGCGCAUCAUCAACAUCAACUAUGAGGAGAGAGAUUUUCCGGCGAUAUGCAGGGACCUGGGAAACUUCAUGGAUGCAUUUGGUCGACUUCCAGAGAAUGUGCAACACAGGCUUAUCCAAGAUAUUCGUCAAGUAUUUCAUGAUCGGAGUUUGAAUAGAAUGCGGAACAUUAGUUCGUUUGUGGCGGCAAAUUUCUUUCUGAAUUCUACUAUGGAGACAUUCGUGAUUGAAGAUGAAGCACAACAAAGGAGGAUAACGAGUCUGGCGGAAGAUUGCGGAAUACAAAUUGGCGUCGCACGAUUUUAUUUGAACACCUACAACCUACAUAUGGCGCAACAGCCUAAUCCUAUCGAUCAUACAGAAAGGCUUGAUGAAUUUGCGCUAACUCACAUUUUUGGUUUCCUCGACCGCGAAAGUCUGUUAGCAUGCACUAGAGUCUCCAGUCGGUGGAGGCGUCUAUCAAGACAUGGUCGUUUGUGGAGGCGUCUGAGGCAAAGAGAUUAUGAGUUGCUUGUUUCUAUAAAUCCGGCUAUGUUUCUUCACGUUGUCAACCAAAAUUUGGCAGGCACUUGGAUGAGGAGGUACAUACUCGAAUAUAAUGGUUAUGGAUGGGGCCGUAUUUUGUCUCGUGAUCGUGCUUGGUGCACGAGAUGCCAGUGCCCCGUGUUGGUGAGAGAGCUAGCACAGUAUAGUUGCAUCCAUGGGGAGGAGGCCAGGAGGCAUCGCUGCAUCCCAUUGACAACAGAGCAGGUGGUGAACUAUGUUAUCAACAUGGCCCAACCACACUAGAUGCAUUUUGAUAUUUUACUGUGAUAUGUUUUUUAAUAUCAAUACCCUUAUAUUUUUUGUGAACCCUGAAUGUUUUUCAUUUUCAUACGUAUUAACUUCAAAAAGGAUUUACAAGUAUUAAAUACGUACUUUGAUGAUAAAAUUGUACGUGGUUAGUUUGGGAUCCGCUAUAAUUGAAUUCUAACUCGUUUACUUUGUUA